AUGAAGGAUGCCGACAUCAAUUUUCUCGUCAGCGUCAAAGUGAUCAACCAAACAGUGACAGACAACUCUCUCACAAAGUUCGACCCAAUUCCGAAGCUUGACACGACGGAUGCAGUCAAGUUUACUCGGAUUUACGGUGACUCGUUCAUAUCUGGUUUCCAGGAAGGUGGGGAGUUCCAUGCCCUCGUAUCUAUCAAGGUUAGAAAUAAUCAAAGCAGAACGGUCAAAGACAGCUCAAAGAAGGGUUCUACCAAAGCUCAGGGAAAGUCGGGAUCACAGGCCAAGAGCUCUUCGAAAGUGGACGAGGAGGGCCAAAAGGUUAAACCUGAUGGCGAUGAUGAGGAUAUCGGCGGGGGAAAUGCCCAGGUGAAAGAAGAGCGACGAGUCAUAUUCAAACAAAAUGAGACAACCAUCUCCGUUACAUGGUCCAGAGAGGGUCAAAAUCUCAAGGAUCCGGAGGGCGACUGGAAUAUUGAGAACCUACGAAAGGCAGCUUUGCGAUUCCCAUCACUAGUUGCUAAAACCCCCGUCUGCACUCACGCUGUUUUGACCAAAUAUUCGUCUCUCCGGAGUUACCAUGUGGCGACAAUUGGUAGUGAUAACAAGACUGGGUCUCCUCUGACUUACGAAAAUGCCGAAGUAUACACCUCCAUUCUACAGGAUGCAUUCAUGGACUAUAAGAGCCUGUACAGGCGUAUUCGUAUCCUCGAGCAGAACGUUGAUGCUGGCGUUAAGAAGCUAGCGAAAAGCAAACUUGAAGGGGUAUCCACAUAUCAACCAAAACCGCAAGGGGGCGCCAAAAAGGGACCCUCAUUUGUUUCCAAACCAUAUGAACCGACUCUGAUGGCAUUAGAAGAGGCCCGGACGAUGAUAUUGAUAUCUACAAACUACAUCAUUAAAGAGAUCGACAAAAUCAUCGCGAAGCCAGAGCAGGCUGUUGCAGAGCCCCCCACACCGCUACCUUGCCAAUAUCCAUUGAUUUUCAAACAAUAG